AUGCCCCUAUCAAAAGUGAUCAUAGUCGGCGCGGGCCCAUCCGGGCUGUUGCUCGCACUUCUUCUCGCCAAGGCAGGCAUCCCGGUGGAUCUGCUGGAGCAGGCCACCGGGCUAGACAACAACCCGCGCGCGAGCCACUACACGGCCGAGUCGUGCAUCGAAUUCGAGCGUGCGGGGAUCCUGGACGAAGUCUGUGCCCAAGGCUUCAUCCCGGACGGCGUCUCGUGGCGACGCCUCGACCAAGACAAGACCAUAAUGGUCGCAGUCCGCAACACACCAGGCCCCGGUGGGCAUAGCAUGGUCUGCUUGCCCCUGCACAGGUUGGGGAUGAUACUGGAGAGAAAGGUCCUGAAGCAGGACAACGCGAGGAUCUUUUAUGGAUAUAAGGUUGUUGAUAUUGGCAGGCCGGAGGAGGAGGGGAAGGCGUGGGUCAAGGUUGAGAGGAAGGGGACCGAGGACGAAGGGGGUGGGGUCACUGAGGUCAGGGAGGCCGAUUACGUGGUCGGCUGUGAUGGGGCAAAUAGUACGAUUAGGAGGAGACUGUUUGGGGAUGAUGUUUUCCCUGGGUAUACGUGGGAUGAGCAGAUUGUGGCGACGAAUGUGUAUUACGAUUAUCUAGGGAGCUGUGGCUACGACGAUAGCCAGUUCUUUGUCCAUCCGGAACACUGGCAUAUGGUCGCCCGGAUUCAGACCGACGGCCUGUACCGGGUGACGUAUGGUGAGGUUGGAGGGCUCACAUACGAUCAGCUGAAGGAAAGACAGCCGGCCAAGUUUCAAGCCUUCUUGCCCGGCAACCCCACGCCAGAUAAGUACAAGCUGGUCAAUUUCAGUCCAUACAAGGUGCACCAGCGGUGCGUGGACAAGAUGCGCGUCGGGCGGUACAUCUUGGCGGCAGACGCAGCUCAUUUGUGUAAUCCUUUCGGUGGAAUGGGUCUUACAGGGGGUAUUGCCGACGUCGGCAGCCUUUACGAGAGCCUCGUGGGCAUCCACACCGGUCAAGCCGAUGAUUCAAUCCUCGACGUGUACGACGAGGUACGGAGACGGAUCUGGGCGACUAUUAUCAACCCUAUUUCGACGGACAACAUGCGGCGGCUGUUUCAGUACUCAGAUCCGGACGAGGCAAUGGAGAAGGAUUCUUUCUUCAGGAUGAUCAAGGAGAUGCAAGAGAGGCCAGCCGGCGCGGAGGCUGCAACGAAGCCUGGACUACCGUCGUUGCGAUAUGACAUGACGCAGCACUUUCGGUAG